GAUCCCCGCCAAAAUACGCAGUUAACCAUAUUGUGCAUGUGCUUUUAACAGUCACUUAAGGCCUGAGGAUUACAUCACCGCGAGCUGUGUAUUAGCAUGGCCAUUGUCUCAGCAAGGGUCUUACUUCACCACCCACGCCGAAAAGCACUGGUCAAACACAUGGCAACCGAGCAUUUUUUUAUUUUUAUAUGAAAGCCCCUGCUAACAUCAAAUUUCCAUGAUCGCCUUGAAUAUUUGAUCAAUUCAGAAAAAUAACGCUUUCUUUUUGCCACUAGGCCCCGCAUUUCGAUUGGCUGAGAACAGUCAUGUGAUCAGGAAUUGGCUGCAAUUUCGCCCAUAGUCUUCAGUUUAGUAGACCCUGGUCCCCAUACGCUUGUAAUAUCACCAAUAUACACAAUUAUUAAAGCCCGCAAAUGCAGCCGUAGCGGGAGCGCAAAAAAACGGCGCCUUUUGGAUGUGACUUUUUUGCGCAUUUUGGUGUCGCUGGUCGCCCUUCUUGCCAAGGCGAAGCGAUGAAUUUUGAAUUUGAGAGGGAGAUUGGGUUCAUCAACAGCCAGCCUUCCCUUGCUGAGUGCCUGACGUCUUUCCCCGCUGUCCUGGAGUCAUUUCAAACUUCAUCAAUCAAGGACUCGACAGUAAUUCCACCUCCUUUCGAGAACACCAUCCCCAGCCUGAGCCCUUGCACAGGCAACCAGGCGCGACCGAGGAGCCAAAAGCGAACCGCCUCCAAUGGCCUCCAGCUCCGGACGCAGGCAACACCACCAACGCAGCAGCAGCAACAGCAGCAGGGCCCGGCUCCACUGUCGGGCGGCGGUCCCCUAGCCCACGAGUUCCCAUGGAUGAAGGAGAAGAAAUCGUCAAAGAAGAGCCCCAAGCCUGGAGCAGCAACAGCAGCAGCAGCAGCGGCCACUGCAGCUGCCUCUCCCUCUCCAGCAUCCUCUGGCUACGCCACAGCGGGACUCGAGUCCCCGACAGAGGUGCAAGGCGGAUUGGACAACGGCAGCGGUUCACGGCGACUGAGGACUGCCUACACCAACACGCAGCUGCUUGAGCUGGAGAAGGAGUUCCACUUCAACAAAUACCUCUGUCGACCCAGGAGGGUGGAAAUCGCCGCACUUUUGGAUCUAACCGAGCGCCAGGUCAAAGUGUGGUUUCAGAAUCGGCGCAUGAAGCACAAGCGGCAAACGACGCAUCACCGAGACGGUCCAGAGGGCGAACCCAGCGGUUUCGAGCCCCUCGAAGGUGCAGACGCAGCCUCGCCUUACUCGAACCAGCCACCGGAGUCGUCCGGUCCAGGUUCCAGCUCAGGUUCGGCGGCAGCGUCGGAGAGCGAGUCGUGCCCCCCGGCCGCCUGCUACACGAACAGUGCUGACAAUAGCCAGCCCACGCCCGAGGAAGGUCAGGCGAUGCAGCCGAAGUGCGCAUCUGCUCCUGACACAGCGGUGCACUCCCCCCCGUACCCAACGCCCACCACAGAGAACUCGGCCACAAUGGGCAGCGAGGGCCGAGAGCACAGCACGUUCCCAGAGCCGCAGGACGCCCACUCACUGGCCGAUUUGAAUUUCUUUUCCACUGACUCCUGCCUACAGAUUUCGGACGCUUUAUCGCCGAGUCUGCAGAGCUCACUGGACAGCCCCGUAGACUUCUCCGAAGAGGAUUUUGACCUGUUUACGAGCACUCUUUGUACCAUAGAUUUACAACAUCUACAGUUUUGAUUGACUGUAAAAUUUAGAAAGAACAAUCCAAGUGCAUCCCGCCACAGUAUUAUGAAUGAAUUUUUUUUCCCGACUACAACGUUCCUGAAAGAAAUGACAGCAGAGAGAGAGAGAGAGAAAGAGAGAGAAAUCCCCUUCUGGGUUGUAUUCAGAAACGUAGUUGUGAGACGAAGCCGUAGCGGAGAGAAAUAAUUCAUUGCUUUUGACAGUAUUACGGUGUUCUGUUCUAGCGAAUCCACACCGGGACUACCCCUGUCCAGUUUCAGGUAUUUUAUUGCCUUUUGUUUAUCUGGCUUUUAGUUCGUGCUGACUUGCAGAGAAAUGUGCGGGACUCUUUUCAGUGAAGCUCAAUCAUUGAAUUCUCAGGAAAUGUGUCAGAAUUUAAGGCUAGCUGAACUGCUUUUAGGAAAAUUCUCCCGAGACGGGCAUUGCCCCAUGAUGAUGAAUUUUAGAACUAGUUUAUUUAUUGAGAUUCUUUAAUAGUAAAUUUCAAAUUAUUUAUUGUACAUUAUUUUCAUAGUUGAAAAUAAAACAUUUAUAAGCUGGAA